CAUCUCCAUUCAUCGUAAUGCACCGAUGCAGUUUUAUCACGUGAUCGGUGGUACCGGCGAAAGAACUCACGUGUUGAGACCCUAAAGCAGUACGCACAAUGCAGUUGUGUCUUAUACUGCUGGUGUCUUCUGUCUUGAUUAUCGCGAGUGAGGCACGACAUUUCUACCCUUACUCAACUCACCCUCCACUCUAUCAUCCGGUCGCAACGACCCCUCGACCUCACCAUCAAAGAAACAUCAAUGAUGUGACGGUGGUCGACGAAAAAACAGGGAUACGAUACAACCCCUACAGCAAGCACCAUCCGGGGAGACAUGUUUGCGCAAAUCAAAGAAACGUCAGUUACCCCAUUCGAACAAAACGCGUCUUUGCCAAACCCACCUACAAGAAAUACAUGGUACGCUGUGGCACCCAAUGGUGUGAAGGUGUUAGGUUAGUGUAUGAAAAAUACCAUAGGGAAGUUGUCACAGACGCCAACCACACUCUAGUGGACUACACCUGCUGCCCAGGAUGGACACAGGUCAAUUACAAGAGUCACGGCUGUAAUAAACCUGUGUGCUCGCAGCCCUGCACCAACGGAGGCAAGUGUGUAAGACCCAACGUGUGCAUGUGUCCCCCGGGAUACGACGGCACGUAUUGUGAAACUAAAACCACUGUGUACAGCCCCGAUGGGAGUUGUCCCAAUGGUCAAACUGUCUGUCUUUGUCAAACUUUGGGCCCGUCCUAUUGUCCCCACCAUUGGUUUUGUUCUAAUUUGUGUCCUGCUCACGUGUGCAUCCCCUGUCCACAAUCCCAGUGCACUUGUCCUUGUCCUUCCAAACAUAAUGGGUUGCAAGACGACGACAGACCCGUGUGUCCUGUGUGUCUAAAUGGGGGAACCUGUCGGCCUCCGGGUUGUGUUUGUCCUCCGGGAUUUACCGGAAUUCAAUGUGAAAAUGCACAGAUUCAAACGGACUGCAGUCUGCCGUGCAAGAACGGCGGCACUUGCAAGACCAAGUCCGUGUGCAUUUGUCCACCAGGCUUCAGUGGUAAACUCUGCGACAAAGACGUGGAUGAGUGCAAGCAGAAGCCCUGCGACCAAAUAUGUUACAACACACCUGGGAGCUACCGCUGCGAAUGCAAAGAGUCGUUCGUAUUGCAAAGAGACGGUCAGACUUGUCGUAAAGAGAACGACGACGACACAGCGCUCGAGGCCAAAGAUUUGGAUACACAGCAAAAAUUGGAUAAGAUGGAUAAACGGCUGCAGAUGCUCGAAAAGAUGGUGAAAGAAAAGAGCAAAAACGAAGUUACGAAGCAGGAUCUUAAAAGUAUUUAUGGAAACAUUGAUAGGAUGUCUAGUGAUAUUGGUAGUAUAGCGUGCAAGUUGCGGCGAUUGGAAAGCUGUAAUCAAGAUAAAACGCCACCAAAAAGUUGCAUCGAUCUUGUAGAAAACACAAUUCAUAGUAACACCAAACCCCCUUCUCCAGCCGACGAAGCAAGCUGUGAUUGUGAAAAACCACAAGAACAUCCCCCAGGGUGUAAAUGUAUGUCGUCGUCAGUGUAAAAAUUUGAACUUAUAUUUAUAUGUAAAAACACAAAUAAAGACUCAAAAAAGCA